AUGGCUGGAGUGAUCAAAGGCAGUUCUGUUGAUGCUUCUGAUAUGAUAAAAACUGCUGAUACCUUGUUUAAAUUGUUUGCUGAGGUUAUUGAGUGGGUUGGGUCUAGUAACAUUGUGCAUGAGGUUACUGAUAAUGCUGCGAAUUAUGUAUCUGUUGGAAAACUCAUUCAUGAAAAGUAUCCAAACAUUUUUUGGUCUCCUUGUGCUGCUCACUGCAUAAAUCUUAUUUUGAAAGACAUAGCAAGUAUUUCUCACAUAGCUGACCUUGCCUCUCGUGCUUCAAAAGUGACUUUAUUGAGGCUUGUUGAUGCUGAUGAGAAACCUUCUCUAGGUAUCAUGUAUGAGGGCAUGCAAAGAGCCAAAAUUGCUAUCAAGAUAAUGUUUAGAAAUAGAAAAUCUGCAUACACACCUUAUACAAGUAUCUUGAAAAUGCGGUGGAAUAAGCAUUUGAAGCGUGACCUCCAUGCAGCAGCAUACUUUUUGAAUCCAGAUUUUUUCUAUAGUGAGGGGUUUGUUAAGAAGCCAAAUAUCUUGAAAUCUUUGCUUGAUUUAUUUGAUAUUGAAACUCUUUGCGAUGACUUAGUUGCCGCAAUGCAAGAGAUACAGUUGUAUCGAGAUCGAAAAGGAAGUUUUGGAAAGAAAAGUGCUUUGAAAGCAAUUAAGAGACUUGAACCUGGUGAAUGGUGGAGGCUACAUGGUGGGAGUGCUUCUAACUUGCAAAAAAUGGCGAUUCGUCUUCUUCAUCAAACAUCUUCAUCAUCCGGAUGUGAGAGGAAUUGGAGCCUCUUUAAACAAAUCCAUUCAAAGAGGAGGAACCGAUUAGAGCAUCAAAGGCUAAGUGACAUUGUUUAUGUGACUUAUAAUCUACGCCUUCAAUCUAGAAUGCAUCGCAAGAAGAAGAAUUAUGAUCCAAUUGACAUUCAAAGCAUUGACACAAUAGAUUUCUGGGUAAUGGCGGAUGAAGAUGAUCCUGAAUUUAUUAAUAGAGACAUCGAAGGCAUUGAAAAUUUAAUUUACACGGAUAAUGCUAUGCCUUCAUAUCCUAAAGAUGGAGAUGUGGAAGUUGAUGUGGAUUUGUCUGACGUCGCUGAUUCUUCAAAUAUAGCUUCUUUUGGUGGUACUUUGAUUCUUCAAAUAUAG